GGGUUGUUUCGAUCAGGCCCGUAAAAUAAUGAAGUUUGAAAGAACUAUCACAGGGAAGGGUCCAGUGACAGAGACAUACGAUUUCAAACUAGGUAUUAAGCAUAUAUACAAGAAACAAACAGGUAUGUGUGAUUAUAUCAGUUUCCCUCCUGGACGAAUGACGUUGCCCUUAGAUGAAAACCAUUCCAUCGACUUAGACGAUCUCUUCCACGUUGAUAUCACAUUUGAAAAUAUAGGAAAUGACAAAGUGAGAGAUGGGGUUGUCCCGGUAACAAAAUAUAAAAAGAAGCAAAGCCCAGGCGCAACUUUCACCCACACGUGGUUCAUGUCGAAGAGUGAUUGGGCAUUUUAUAAGACUCAUCUCGAGGAGGAACAAUACGAACAACCAUUGAAACUUGUUACUGGCGCAUUGGAUGGAUCCUGGCAAUUGACGAGUAUGCUCUGGGACGGGGACAUCAACAGGCCAUAUCUCAAGAAAUAUGACGUGAAGGAUUGUUAUAUUCCUGGCAAAAACAUUCCCAAAACACUUCCAAAGACAGAUUUCACGAUCUCGUUUAACAGAGGGGAUUAUACCGUGCAAACUAAUGAAGACUAUACGUACACAUACCUCCCAAUAAACAUGAAAGGUAGAACUAAGAUGGUGAUCGAAAUUCAAGCAUGUAAAGAUGCCCAUAUUGCUCUGUCUAAAGUACUCGACGAGCCAGAGACAGACACGUAUGAGAUCGUAAUAGGAGGCUGGGACAACAGUGCCUCUGCGAUAAGAGCAAACCAUGAUGGAGAAGAGUUGACCAAAACACUAACGCCGGGUAUACUGAACUGUAAUCUGAAGUUGCCAUUCUGGAUAAGCUGGGAAAAUGGACAGGUUUUAGUUGGACGUGGUAACGACCCGGAAGAGGGUCAAUUUAUGCGGUAUGUAGAUGCAACGAGUCCUCUCGAGGUGAAUGCAUUCGCAGUUGCGACUGAGGGAAAUACUGGGUCAUGGACAUUUAAAAAUACCAGAGACGACACAAUGGACAUCUCAUUUGAACUCCAAAUGAACACCCCUGAUAAAGUUGACGCUGUAAUUGAAAAACUUGCAAACUCUACUGGCCUCCCCAUAUUAAGGUUCUCGCAGAGUCGGCUUGAUAUCACACCAGAAAAGUUGUACAUGACUUCGACAUUGUUGCCUAACCCACCAAUAAUGGCUCCUGGAAGUGUCGAAUCAGAUUGUAUUCCUGGUCCUGAUUGUGUUGAUCUACGUCUUAUAUCUAACGCUGCGGCCUGGAAGCUUAUCGAGAAAGUUGUCAACGAUGGGAACUUCAAAGUCACAUUCAGCAAUGGGCUGACACUAAUUGCUGAAGAAGCGCGGAAUAAUAUUUUGCGAUCAGACCUUGGAAAUAUUGGAAAUGAUCCAUUUUUGUCAAGAUUUUCUCAGGAUUCGGAUCGAAAGAUGAUCUUUGUUGAUCCUGCACUUAAAAUACAUGGAGUUCCAGUCCAGGAGUGUGCCCGACAGUGUCUUCUUGCGAGGGACUUCACGUGUGAAUCUUUCAGCUUCUGUCCAAAUGUUGGAGAUUGUCUACUAAGCACAUUGCAUAGCCCAGAGAACUCUGAAAAAGGCUCAUACAAAAAUCAUUCAUUUUGUGAUCACUAUUCAAAAUCAUACAUCAAAUCCCAUUUCACCCAGAUUCCGGGAAAGGUAAUCCUAAUGAACAAUGAUAAAAAACUAGAGGAUCAGUCUGCAGAGUCAUGCGCCAAGGCUUGCUUAGAUGAAAAGUCUUUCAAAUGUGAAUCUUUCGACUAUUGCCCUAAUAUACGAGAAUGCCUGAUGAGUAAGCUGCAUAUGGACAAUUCUGACUCCAAUUUAGUAGAGCACAAAACUUGCAAUCAUUUCUCGAAAUCAAUACUUGGGCAAUUCAACCAGAUUAACAACAAAGCUAUUUUAAAGAACAACGAUAUAUACAUCGCUAACGCAACAGAGGAAGGCUGUGCUAAAGCAUGCGUUGGGGAGACAUCGUUCGUGUGCAAGGCAUUCGAUAUUUGUACAGAUGGAGGGGGUACAGCUUGUGCGCUAAGUAGGGCAUCUACAGGUGACGUGAAAGGAAGUGACAUUGUAGACAGUGCGACAUGUAGCAUAUUUGAAAGACAAUCGACGGCAACGAGAGUACAAAAGCCAACAGGAUUCACAUCAGGUGCGGCUGCUGGUUUGAGCAUCGGAAUGACAAUCCUCGGGUUUCUGUUGGGAGCUGGGAUUAUGUAUGGAGUGCUGUGGAAGAAAAAUCAAGCAAACCCCGAUGGAUGGGGCAAUCAAUUAUUUAAGACAGGAGACACAUCUUCUGCAUAAACAAUGCAAUCUAAUUCAAAAACAUUGACGGACAUUAAAAUGGUGUAUAAGAUACAUUAUUAAAUAUUUAUGCAUGCACUGUACUAUUACAAGAAACUAAAAAAUGGGUAUCGUUUUAUGGUAAAUAGCUACAAUAUGAAAUAUUCGUAUUACAAUACCAAUAGCCACGAACUAAGUCUCAAAUAUUUGUCAAGGGACUGUUUAUAUUAAAAUGACAUUUCGUUUAUUGAGUAUUUAUGUCGUUUGCAUCCGCGUUUUUAGAAUUUACACUAAUCGAACAAAUGAAUCUAAUUAAAGUUAAUCAUCACGUGGAUAUUUGGACAAUGAUGGGUACGGGUAUGCGCCUGCUAUGCAUACAUGUAUUUAUUAACAAUUGCAAGAAGUAUAAUUUUUCUACAAGUCGAAGGUAUUUUUUGACAUAAAAUUUCAAUAUAAAAGUGAAAUACAAGACAGAAGUGCAAUAUAAAAGUGCAAUAUGUAUGUUCAAUUAAAUGUGUAAUUUAUCUGUGUUUUGUGUUAUCUAAUGUAUGUAAGGUGGUUGAUUAUUACUAACAUGCUACUGU